CAGUACUUUCAAACUCGGAUGGCGGCAGCUCGUCUCGCUUUUCCGUGCAGAAGAAACGUUUUCUCCCCUGGCCGUACAACCCAUGUUGCUCAAAGACUCCCUCCAUGGACUCGACGGUGUCUGCACAGAAAUCGACAUGAACAGCACAACAAAUCGGUCGUUAGAGACCGGUGUCCAAGAGCGACAACACCUGCAGGUCUACCUUCGGAUCCGGCCAUUCACCUCGGCGGAGAUCGAAAGUGGGGAGUCGCAGGACUACUUUGCCAUUGAGCCGCCCGACACAAUUUUGGUGAAACCUCCUGGUUUGUCUCUCUUGACCCGACACAGCACUGAUAGACCUCAGCCCCAUGUUGGACAGCGCUUCCAGUUCUCUCAGGUGUAUGGUCCGGAAACUACACAGAGACAGUUGUUCCAGGGAACCGUCCAGGACUUGGUAAAAGAUGUGCUGGAUGGAGGGCACUCGUUGCUGUUUACCUAUGGCGUGACCAACACUGGGAAGACAUACACCUUUUUGGGCCCAGAUGCAGAUGCAGGAAUUCUGCCUCGCUCUCUGCAGGUCAUCUUUAGCAGCAUUGAGGAUCGGGUUUUUAAUGGAGUGAGCAUAAAACCUCACCGCUGCAGAGAGUUCACCACACUUACGCAGGAGCAACAGGCCAUGGAGGCCACCUUCAAGAGCAAUCUCCUGAGGCAGAUGAAGGAGAUUGACAAGUGCAACCCAAGCAUUUUGAAGUCCCCCUGUAGUGCCUCUCUGGAAGAAGACAAAAUCCAUCUGCCAUUGGACACCAACACCAAGUUCUCAAUUUGGGUUUCUUUCUGUGAAAUUUAUAACGAGAAUAUUCACGACCUGCUGGAGGUGGCUCCGAGUGCUGCUGCAAGAAGACCAAUGCUGCGUCUGUCUGAGGAUCACAAGGGAAAUGCCUUUGUUAAAGAUCUUCGCUGGGUUCAGGUCGAUAACGCAGAGGAAGCAUAUAAGUUGAUGAAACUUGGGAAGAAGAACCAGAGUUUCUCAUCCACCAAACUCAACCAGCUCUCUAGUAGAAGUCACAGUAUUUUCUCCAUCCGCAUUAUGAAAAUUGAAGAUGCAGGAAUGCUGAGGGUUCAAGCUGUUGGAGAGCUGUGUCUUUGUGACCUGGCUGGGUCAGAACGCUGUGCCAAAACCCAGAAUAAUGGAAUUCGCCUGAAAGAAGCCGGAAACAUCAACACAUCGCUGCUCAUCCUGGGAAAGUGUAUUAACAUACUACGUCAAAAUCAGCAGACCAAGCUGUUUCAGCACGUCCCCUUCAGGGAAAGCAAACUGACCCGCUACUUGCAGAGUUUCUUCUGCACUAGAGGAAAAGCCUCUAUGAUUGUCAACAUCAACCAAUGUGCCUCCAUGUAUGACGAGACACUCAACGUCCUCAAGUUUUCUGCCAUCGCUCAGCAGGUGAUUGUUCUGAGCACACCACUACUUCCCUCCACCACUCAGACUUCUGCUGACGAUUCCUCUGCCAACCAUGAUGACACCAUAGCAUCUUGCAACAGUAUGAGUAGCUCCCUCAGUGGUUUGGACACAAGCCUAAUGGACCUUUGGCUUCUUGGUAAGGAAACCACUGGUGAAACCACUGAUGAAGAAGAUGACAAUAAAAUACUUGUCAGUAAAAGGAGGUACCAGCUGCAGGAGGCUCUUGUAAAUGAACUGCAGAUGAAGUUGAAGAAAGAGCGAGCUGAUUACAUGAUCAUGGAAACCAGUGUCCGGGAGGAGAUCUGCUCUAAAUUCACCAGCCUUUAUUCUGAAAUGCAGAGCAACUUUGAGUCUCGUCUGGCCAGGGAGAUAGAGAUUGUUGAGCAACGAGCUGAUGAACGUCUGGACAUCUUCAAGAAACUGAUUGACAAAAUGGUGACUUCAACAGAAGGUCAACCUGGACAGUCCAUGGAAAAUUCUGUGGAGAAAUAUUCAUCUGGGUUAGCAGAACUUAAGAAGGCCAUCGAAGCUGCAGAGGUUGGUAUGGCCUUGGACAAAGUAGAUGGUCAAGGAGACAAGUUGUCGGGGGACCUGGUUGCUCAUAGUUUCCAAGGUGAAUUAUUUACACCUGAUAAGGAUAACCUGAACCUUCGUCUUCAGCUCCAGGAGAUGACCUUAUAUGUGGAGCAGCUACAGAGACAAGUGUCAGACCUACAGGGGGCAGCAGAGCCCCCCCCUUUACACAUUCAGGAGGCUAAGACAGGACAGAAGCAGAUGCUGCAGGUUACGACGGCGAUACAGUGUGCUGAACAGUCUUUAGUCCCAGAUCAAGCUGCACACAUACAUGAGUCCAUCACGAAGACAGUGAAUGAAAGCCGACUGAUGGAGGAAGUUCCUAGUUUUACGAGCAGCUUGGUCCAGCAGAACCAGAUCCAGGAGGUCACUCCUGCCAAAGAGGUACUUCUGCACCAACAGGUGACCUUAGAUCAGGAAGGUCAGGAGUUUAGAGAGCACCAGUUAAGUAGACAAGAAUCCAGCCUGCACAUGAAGAAAACACUUUGCGAACAGUCCUCUGAACAGAAGCUACAAGAACAGCUGAAGGUGAAACUACAAGAAGAACUUAACUCUCAAAUGCAGCUGGACCAGAUGAAACUUAAACUGAAUGAACAAGAAGAAACCUACCAGACACUUGUGAAGGAUUUGAAGCAAAAGUGCCUCAAAGAAGAAGAGAUUUCAGAGUGUCUCCGAAUCAAACUUAAAGAGGUCACUUCCUCCCAUGAAGAGCUGAGAAAAAUAAAAUCUGAAUUACAGGCUGAAAUUCUAUCAUUGGCCCAGAUAAAAGAGGGAAACAAUGCUUCAGUAAAGGAGAGCAAAGAAAAACGGGAUGAAAACAUCUCUGCAAUAGAAAAACCAGCUAAAUCUUCAGAUAAAAUCUCUGAGGUGGCUCUUGAACAAGAAGAGGGGGAAGUGGACAGUGCUAUCCAGGAAGCUCAGCAUCAGGAAGUAGACAAGUAUCGGGAACUCUUGGAAGUGGCUCGCAAGACCAUCAUUGAAAAGGACAUCGAGCUCUUGGAGAAGACUGAAGAAAUCAGCAGACUAAAGGAAAACAACGGGCAACACUGCGAGAGACUUUUAUCUCUAGAUCUUGACCUCCAGAGGAACAAGUUGGAGACUUCAGAUCUGCUGGAGAAACUGGCUGACUAUAAGAAGCAGAUCCAGCAAGUCCAGAAAGAGAUAGCAUCCAUGAGAGACCAGGAGCGAGUUAUGAAGCUCAAUUUGGCUGAGGCGGACAAAGUAAAGAAGCACCUGCAGGCGCAGCAGUUGGGAAUCUGGGCCCAGACUGUCAAGCAACAGAAAGUGGAAAUUAUGUCCAGCAACAUGUCUGAUCAGAUGCAAAAGCAAUACCAGAAAGCCUGUGAUGAUCUAAAGGACAAGGAGCGUGUCCUGGAAGACAUGCGCUCUACUUUGAUAGAGCAGGAGGAGACACAGGUGCAGAUGGAUCAGAUGUUAGCAGUGAAAGAAAAUGUUAUCCAGGAACUGUCCAGCGAGCUUGAAAGAGUUAGGGGUACCUUUCUGAGACGUGGCGGAACCGUGGAUGACGGGAUCUCAGACGCGCUGCGUGUGGCAAAAGAAGAAUUGAAUCAAGCUCAGGAGAGCAUGAAGCUGAGCUGUGAGAAGCAACAGUUAGAGAAGAAGAGGUGGCAGGAGGACAAGCUGUCUCUCAUCUCUCAGGUCCAGGAAGCUGAGAAGAAGAGGAACCUGGAGAUGAGGAAAUUUUCUGAAGAUAGAGAAAAAUAUAAGCUGCAGAAUGGACAUUUGGAGAGUGAACUGGCAAAGAUGGAAAAGUUGAUGGAGAAUUGGAAAAGUGAGAGAGAUGCACUGGUGGCUGCUCUGGAGAUUAAACUUGGCAACCUGCUCAGCAGUCACAAGGAGAAAGAUCAACUCAUCCAGGAGCUGCAGCAAAGAAAACCAUGCUCACCUCCGAAGGUGACAGAAGUUGUUGAUCCUGUUGUUCCAUGUGAGAUGGUUCAGCCUGUUAAGACAUCACCAUCACGGAAGGAUAGCCAGCAGUCAGUCAGGAGUCAAGGCUCCACCAGUUACCCAUCAGUGUUGGAUUCUUCUGAGAUUUCGACGGAGAAUGGAAAGACCAGCCGCUUCCCUCAGCCUGAAAUGGAGAUUUCCUUCAGCCCACUUCAGCCAAACCGUGUGGCGCUUCGCCGUCAGGGAGAAGAGAGCGCUAUCACUGUUAAAAUAACCAACCAGGCUCGGAAGAGGAAGAGUGGCGAGAUGGAGAAGUCUCACAUUUUUCGGAGGAGUAAACGACAAGCCACCAACAAGGUGGAAGUAGAGGCUGAGAACAGAAUGAACACCAGAACGAAGUUGAAGCCGAAGUUGACAGUGCAACAAGAAGAGGUUCCUUGUGUGACCGGACAGCCCGAUUCCCAGGCCACCAUUAAGGAUGGGACUCUACAGAGAAUAGGAGACUUCCUACAGAGUUCGCCAACUUUGUUAGGGUCUAAAGCAAAGAAAAUGCUGAGUCUGGUCAGCUCAAGAGGUGACCUGGACUCGCUGGCUUCCUCUUGCUCCUCUUCCUCUCUGCAUCUCAGACGCUCCAAGAAGAAGAAAAUGUUUCGGGUUGAGAUCUCCUCACCAAUGGACAUGCCAUCUCACCCUCUCCUCACUAUGAAGCCCGAGGAGAAGGAGAGCGAUUUCUCAUUGAAGACACGGCUGCGUUCCAGGAUUCCCAAAUAGUUUUCCUGCCAGUCCAGUGUGCAUGUGCACUUUGUACACAAGGCAUCGAAGCCUUCCAUGAUUAAUUCCUCCACUAACAGCUAAACUUUUAGAUGAAUUAGUUUUAAAGAUGAACUCACACAUACACCAAUGUUACUUGCGAUUGGCUGUGUCAGGUCUUCUAAGCGUCAGCCAUCAAGCUAGGCUCUUGUUUGUUUGUUUGUUUGCAUGUAGUAAGUUAUACCAGCGAGCCAACUGGCACCAGUCUUAGACCUUUAAUGAUACAUUUUAAAAUCAUUGUUUAACUGUUUUGUUCUUCCUAUUAAACAACCUGUUUAGAAUGACGCUAUUUAAAACAUAUGUACUUUAUUUUUUUUUUUUAACCAUCUCUGGAUUGUUUAACUUGUCCUGAAACAUAAUUCUGCUGCUGCUUUAUUCUGCUUCAUGGAUUUUUUUUCCAUAAAUGCCGACAAUUUUAGAGUGCCAUCUAGUGGGCUCUGAAAACAACAACACUAUUUCCUCACUAUGACCUCCAAUGCUGUUCAAUACACAGGUGCUGCUAAGGACCGAGAUGACAUUGCUUCUUCACACCACCAGAAAACGGCAUAGUUUUUGGCUAUAUGUGAUGUUUUUGCAAUGGGCUUCUUGUGCUCUGACUCUGCUUUUGAAUAGAAAAUACACAUUAUUGCUCAUCUGAAACAAACCUGCCCUCCAAUAGAUCCACUCUUCCAGAAGCAAUAAAUGUGAGGUGAAAUAUAUUUAGGAACAACUUUUGUAAAGAGGGUCCUUGCCCCAUGAAGGCUUCUGAAAAAGCAAUAUAAUUUGCUUUUGUGUAGCUUUGCUGACCAGACUUGAUUUGCCGACAUGCAAAAUAUAUUCUGUUUUGUAUCCUGUCGCAGUACAAAUAUUCACAAUAUUAAAACUAAAUAAA